AUGAAAGAGGAGUCCCCGGAUGAGUCCCGUGUGGCUAAACGUUCAGGUGGAAAGCGCAAGUUCCACAAGAAAAGUCGCAAAGGAUGUGCUACAUGUAAGAAAAGACGCGUGAAGUGCGAUGAGAACCGUCCAGUGUGCGGUAACUGCGAUCGCAUGGGAAUUCAGUGCGUUUACAAUAUACCUGCUCCAACUGUGCAGACUUCACAGGAUAUCCUGACCAGCGAGCAUAUUUUGAACUCAUCAGGUCCUUUGCCCAUCCAGGAGCAAAAGCAGAACACACUCAAACCUCCUGAAAUUGUGCAAGAGCCGAACCUGUCCCCGAACAUGAUAACGCAACCGCCUCCUACUCAAACUCUGGCCUACGAUACACAUCAAACACUCAACAUGCUCGAUUUAAGACUCAUGUACCACUACACCACCAAAGUUUGGCCCACAAUCACAGAGGCUGGAAUAUCAGACUCCAAAAUAUGGUCCGAGGAGAUCCCGAUGCUCGCUUUUAAAUACCCGUUCCUUAUGCAUUCAGUACUCGCUUUCAGCGCCACACAUCUCUCCCGGACAGAGCGCGGCCUUGACCAGUGCGUUACCGGACACCGCGCAGACGCGUUGGGAUUGCUACGUGAGGCAGUCCUCGAAAUGUCGCCCGAGAACACAGACGCCCUGGUGGCAGCUGCCUUGAUUCUGAUUAUGGAUUCUCUGGCCAAUGCCUCUCUGCCAACAUCGACCUCCCUGAAGUCACUUCCGCCGUCCGCAUGGAUCUUCCAUGUCAAAGGAGCGGCAACCAUAUUGACGGCAGUAUGGCCCCUGAGCGAGAAAUCAAGAUUUUACAAGUUUAUAUCGGUCGACCUCGGCGACCUGGGGGAAAUCGGCUACGACUUGAUUUCUGGUGAACUAUCAACAGAUACAGCAAAGGCUGACAUGCUAAAAAUGAAAUAUUCUUCCAUUCAGUGCUUUGACGAAGAGAUAAGGGACAUGUUCCCGAUUCCGCUCCACUCGCCAUAUCUACCAACACUGGCUUACAUGGCAAAGCUUCACAUGGAACGGAACAAGAAAGACUUUAUUUUGAGAGUGUUUGCCUUUCCUGCCCUUCUGGACAAACGGUUCCUGGGACUGCUCAUCAGUUGUGACCUCUCUGCAAUGAGGAUAAUGCGAUGCUAUUAUAAACUGCUUCGGAAUUUUACCGACGAAAUGAAGGACAAGGUCUGGUUCUUGGAAGGCGUUUCCUCUGUUCUUCCAGUGGAUGUUGAAGAAUAUUCGGGAGGUGGUGGAAUGCACAUGAUGCUGGAUUUCCUUGGCGGUCCGUCCACAACAGAAGACGACGGAAUUCUCAAUGCUGUGCCCAGUAUCGUUCAAUCGCGGCUUCUGGAUACAAACAAUCUCCCCAGCUCUUCAAUAACUGAAAGCUUGGGGUUGGAUGAAACAUCGGGACUGGAAGAUGAUAGCACAUUCAUUGAUGUAAACUAA